AUGGUAUUCCAUCAGCAAUACUGUCCAAUGGCUCGUUUUCUAAUGAAAGUCGACGACGACGUCAGCGUUCAUCUCGAUCGCAUGAUUGAAUUGUGGAAAAUGAACGAUAAAGCCAAUAUGUCAAUCUUUUGCCAAGUUUGGCCUAAAUCAAAGCCGCAACGAGAACCUGAAAGUAAAUGGUUUGUGCCGCAACAAAUGUGGCCGGAACGUUUCUUUCCCCCAUACUGUAAUGGUCCAAUGUAUGUAAUGGGCAAGACUGCUGGACAAACUAUCCUCGACCAUUCUCAGGUCUUUAUACCGAUGACGAUAGAGGAUCUCUUCUACACUGGUGUUGUAGCAGAUUCCACUGGAGUGAAGCGGAUAAACUGGGGAAAGAGCAUGAUGUACUCAGCCAAGGAUCUUUUCCGAGGACGGUACAAGUGUAGUGCAUCAGAGAUCCCAACUCUGUUCUCCGUCCAUUCGCUUUGGGAACCGGAUCGACUACGGCAAGGAUUCCAUAUUAUGAAGACCUAUGAGUGUGGCACACCACGAUUACAGAAUAAAACUGCUUCUUAA